AUGCAUUUGUGUCUCAUUUCACUCUGCAUCAUCUUAAACCUGCAGCUGCUCAGCACGUAUCCCAUUGGCACCGGUUUGACUGACACUGACAUGGACAUCUUAAACCUGCUGCUUCACAGACUACAGGAGUCAUUUUCCGAGCAUGAUGGCCUGGAUAGCCUGUAUACAGAGAAGGGAAGAGAUGGAGGGCAGCCCCAAACUGGACUGGAUGAGGCUGCAAUCAAGGAAUUUUUCUCAGCUAAGAACCUGAAGAGCCUCCGCAACGAUUCAUCAAGGAGAUCCUCGGGCUGCUUUGGUCGACGGAUGGACAGAAUAGGAUCUAUGAGCUCCCUGGGGUGCAACACUGUUGGCAGAUACAGUAAGAUACAGUAA